UAUAAAUCCCCAAUUAUUAUUUUUUUUGCGUAAUAAUAUAUAAUUUAUAUAUCAUCAUCAUCAUGGCAUUCGGAAAUGGAGGAAGUUCAAGCUUGAUCGUCAGCUUCGGAGAGAUGCUGAUUGACUUUGUGCCGACGGUUUCCGGCGUCUCGCUGGCGGAGGCUCCCGGGUUCCUGAAGGCGCCCGGUGGUGCUCCGGCGAACGUCGCCAUAGCCGUGGCGAGACUUGGCGGGAAGGCGGCGUUUGUCGGGAAGCUGGGUGACGACGAGUUUGGGCACAUGCUCGCCGGAAUUCUUAAAGAAAACGGCGUUUCCGGCGAAGGCAUCAACUUCGAUAAGGGCGCCAGGACUGCCUUGGCGUUCGUCACUCUACGCGCCGACGGUGAGCGUGAGUUUAUGUUUUAUAGGAAUCCCAGUGCUGAUAUGCUGUUGACCCCGGAGGAGUUGAAUCUCGACCUCAUUAGAUCUGCUAAAGUUUUCCACUAUGGAUCAAUAAGCUUGAUAGUGGAGCCAUGCAGAUCUGCACAUAUUAAAGCUAUGGAGGCAGCCAAAGCUGCCGGAGUUUUACUUUCAUAUGACCCCAAUCUUCGCCUACCACUCUGGCCAUCAGCUGAGGAAGCUCGGAAGCAGAUCUUGAGUAUUUGGGACAAAGCUGAUAUCAUCAAGGUCAGCGACGUGGAGUUAGAAUUUCUCACUGGGAGUAACAAGAUUGAUGAUGAAUCUGCAAUGUCCCUCUGGCACCCGAACUUGAAGCUCCUAUUAGUGACCCUUGGAGAAAAGGGUUGUAAUUACUAUACCAAGAAUUUUCAUGGAUCUGUACCUGCUUUCCAUGUCAACACUGUGGACACAACUGGAGCUGGUGAUUCUUUUGUCGGAGCUCUCCUUUGCAAGAUUGUUGACAACCAAGCUAUCCUUGAGGAUGAAGCCAGGUUGAAGGAAGUACUUAGAUUUGCAUGUGCAUGUGGAGCUAUCACAACCACCAAAAAGGGAGCAAUCCCGGCACUUCCCACCGAGUCUGAUGCCCUUAGUCUUAUCAAGGGGGGAGAAUGAAGAACGAUGCCCGUUAUGUGUCUUUCUCAUCUUUCAAAGUUUUUGCAAUUGAUUGGAAACAUCUAAUUUUCUGAUUCUCUUUUUGUACUUCCUCCAUCGUGCAUCGUCCAUUGAAAGUGUCAUACUUUCUAUUUUGGGAUGUUUUAAAACAAUUAUCGUACUAGAAAAAUUAAAAUAUUUUUUAGUUUUUUUUUUCAA